AUGGGGACCAAAUUCGACGUAACUCCGGAAAAGCAGGCCAGCGUGCCUCGCUUCUUCUACAAUCAGCUCACUAUCAAGCCCAUCACGGUCCAGGGAGUCAGCCUCGCGGGCAAGACUGCCUUGGUGACCGGAUCCAACACGGGGGUGGGCCUAGAAACCAGCCGGCAGCUCCUCGACCUAGGACUGAGUAAGCUUAUUCUUGGCGUCCGCAGUGAAGAGAAAGGUCAGACAGCGAGGAAGAAGUUAUCCGCGGGCCAGAAUCUGUCCGACGAUAGCAUCGAGGUCUGGAAACUUGAUCAGUCUGACUAUGACUCUGUCCUCGCCUUUGCGGAGCGCGCUAAGAGCCUCCCCCGGUUGGAUAUCGUUGUACUGAACAUCGGUAUUGGCAACGCGACACGCGUCUUUAACCCCAAAACAGGUCAUGAUGAGAUGAUCCAGGUCAAUUAUCUCUCGACAGCCCUACUGGCAAUUUUACUGCUCCCGGUGGUUAAGCAAAAACGCGCCGGGCAAGGGGGUCCGAGUCGGAUUACCAUUGUCUCAUCGGAGGUCUCUGCGUGGACAGCCUUCGAGGAGAAGAAAGAUUUUCCGCUGCUAGCAUCGCUUGACGAGAACACUAAGGUAGACCCCCUGGAUCGGAUGAUGGUCUCUAAGCUGCUGGGGCAGUUCUUCCUGUCAUACUUGGCAUCUAUUGUCCCGCCUUCUGUAGUGGUCAUCAAUGCCGCCUCGCCAGGCUCUGUUCACGAUUCCGAGUUCAACCGUGAGCAUGAUAAGACUUUCUCUGGGGCGAUUGCGAAAGUUGUGAUGCGCGGACUGGCCAACACCGCUGCUGUUGGAGCCCGAAUGAUCACUGAUGCAGCCGUCAAACAUGGCCAGGAAACGCAUGGCGAGUUCCUCUCCUUUCAGAAAAUUGUGCCGUUGGCACCGAUUAUCUACACUGCAGAGGGAAAGAAAAUCUCAGAACAGCUCUGGAAAGAGACCAUGGAUGAACUAGCCUUUGCACAUGUGGAGGAAAUUUUCAAGACUCUUUUGGAGUAG